CGAGCCACUCGUAUUGGGUGCCUGACGGCCGCCAGUGAAAUCCCCGGACGGUUGGCAAAUCAUCGUGAAGGCGUCGUCGUGCCCAAUGAGCGGCGUGAGGAAGUCACGAUAGUUUGGCAGGUUUGGCAGGUUUGGACUUCUGCCCCUCCCCCACUUGGCCUUCAUCGUGCCUUCCGGUUUCUACCUCGUUCCCCCUCUCUUUGUGUCACCUCAUAUAAACCCCCUCGUCCUCCCUCUCUCCCUCUGCUUUUCUUCUUUCUCUCCAACGUUCACCUCCAGAUCGAACUUGCCCAUCAUCUAUCUAUCCAUCCAUCCAUCUCCAUCUUCUUCUUCCUCUACUUUACUUGCUCUUCCUCUUCUACAACCACUAGCUUCUAUCAUCCCCUCAGUCAUGGCGAAGAAGGCUGUUCAGUUUGGCGGUGGUAACAUCGGCCGCGGCUUUGUCGCCGAGUUCCUCCACACUGCUGGAUACGAGGUUGUCUUUGUUGAUGUCGUCGACAGCGUCAUCAACUCCUUGAACGAGUCUAGCUCCUACAACGUGACUGAGAUCAGUGAGGAAGGUGAAACCACCAAGACCAUCACCAACUACCGUGCCAUCAACUCCAAGCACAACGAGAGCGACGUCGUGCAGGAGAUUGCCUCCGCCGACGUGGUCACCUGCGCCGUCGGCCCCAACAUUCUUAAGUUCAUCGCUCCCGUCAUCGCCAAGGGUAUCGAUGCCCGCACCGAGGCGAAGCCCUUGGCGGUCAUCGCCUGUGAGAACGCCAUCGGCGCCACGGAUACCCUGCACGGCUUCAUCAAAGAGAACACCAACCCUGACCGUCUCACCUCUCUCUACGACCGCGCGCAGUUCGCCAACUCCGCCAUCGAUCGCAUCGUCCCCAACCAGCCUGCUGAUAGUGGACUGAAUGUGCGCAUCGAGAAAUUCUACGAGUGGGUGGUCGAGAAGACUCCCUUCGGCGAGACUGGUCACCCUGACAUUCCGGCCAUCCACUGGGUCGACAACCUGGAACCCUACAUCGAGCGCAAGCUCUUUACCGUCAACACCGGCCAUGCCACCACCGCGUACUAUGGUUACAACCGCGGCAAGAAGACCAUCGCCGAGGCCCUGAGUGACGAGGAGAUCCGUAGCAUUGUGCACAAGGUCCUUGACGAGACUGCGUCGCUGAUCGUGGCCAAGCAUGGCAUCUCCGAGCAGGAGCAGCAGGAAUAUGUCAACAAGAUUGUGAGCCGGAUAAGCAACCCUUACCUCGAGGACCAGGUGGGGCGAGUCGGCCGUGCCCCCGUGCGCAAGCUUUCCCGCAAGGAACGGUUCAUCGGCCCUGCGUCGCAGCUCGCCGAGCGCGGUAUGUCGUUUGAGAACCUGCUGGGUGCUGCCGAGAUGGCGCUGCGCUUCCAGAAUGUCCCCGGCGAUGAGGAGAGCGUUGAAUUGGCUCGCGUUCUCAAGGAAAACAAGGUUGACGGUGCCACCACCCAGCUUACCGGACUGGAAGAAGGUCAUCCAUUGUAUGCCCCUAUGCUCGCCCGUGUGCACCAAGUUCAGCAGGAGGCCCAAUAAGCAGAUCGCACGUUUGGUAAACGCCUCGCGCUUUCGCUCUUGGCCAAGUGCCUUAUCGCUUGAGUCCGACGACACGGAGGCGAUGUGAACAGGUUGAACCGCAGGACGGAACUCUCACCGCAUGGGAAACGGCGAAAAUUCGGGUUGGACGGAGCAUAUGGGAUCUCGGAGCAGCAUCUUCUUUAUGUGUAAUGUCGACUUGGGUGCAGGACAGCUGAGUCUAAUGAAUCACGAGUAUGCAUUUUACCUGAUACGUCCCGCGUAUGAUUUGC